AUGCAACCUGUUGAAGUUGUGCUGAUCGCGUCAGCGGUUGGCGGGGCGGCCGCCAGGGGCCGCCGCCGGGGCUGCUCGGGCCCUUGCCCGCUGCAGCCCUGCUGCCCCGGCCCUGCCGAGGGUGAAGGCCGUGCGACUCCUCUCCGGAGGGAGCAGGGGGUGCUUGUGUUAUGUUUGAAUCAGACGACCAAAGAUGAGGUGAAGGAUACCUUCCAGAAAGCCACAAAGAAAACUGACAAACCCAGGCCAGAGGAGAAGGAUGACCUAGAUGUAACAGAGCUCAGUAAUGAAGAUCUUCAAGAGCAUCUUGUGAAGUAUGGAAUAAAUCCUGGCCCGAUUGUAGCUACUACCAGGAAGCUUUAUGAGAAGAAGCUGUUGAAACUAAUGGAGCAUGGUCCAGAGCUGAAGUCAGCUGUGCCUCUCCCAACAAUCUCUUCCUCUGCUGAGAACACCAGACAGAAUGGAAAUAACGAUUCUGACCAGUACAGUGACAAUGAAGAAGAUCCGAAGACUGAGCUGAGGCUUGAGAAGAGAGAACCACUAAAAGCCAAGGCAAAGGCUCCAGUAGGACUCAAACAGAGAAGAGUUGUGGAACACAACCAGACCUAUUCUCAAGAUGGAGUUACUGAGACUGUCUGGACAAGUGGAUCUUCAAAAAGUGGACCUCUGCAGGCAUUUUCUAGGGAGUCUACAAGAGUGUCAAGAAGAACACCAAGGAAAAGGGUGGAUGCUACAGCACAAUUGCCUGUAGAUGAUGCUGUAAUGUCAGAGAGUACUCCCAUAGCUGAAACUAUACUGACUGCAAGCAACGAGACCCUAGUUGUCAAUAGGGUGUCCGGAAAUUUCAAGCAUGCAGCUCCUACACUGUCAAUCAGUGAGUUCUCAGACAUGCCCAGAAGAACACCAAAGAAACCAUUGAUGACAGCUGAACAAGAAGAGACAGACUGCCAGCAUCAAUACUUUUCUAAUCAUGUGGGCCACAAACAAUCCUGUGAUCUGCUCAACACAGCCAUGAUAGAGGAAACUGAGGAGAGCACUGAAUGCGUUAUGAUACCAAAAGUGACCAGACAGCUGCCAGUAACAAAGGUGCUGGAGAGAACUCAUACAGAAGAGAGACGAGUAGAAAGGGAUAUUCUUAAGGAAAUGUUCCCUUACGAAGUAUCAACGCCUACAGGAAUUAGUGCUAGCUGCCGUAGACCAAUCAAAGGAGCUGCUAGCCGGCCUAUAGAGCUCAGUGACUUCAGAAUGGAGGAAAGUUUCUCUUCCAAGUAUAUUCCGAAAUACGGUACCUCAACAGACAUCAAGUCAGAGAAACCACCAAUAAAAAAGGAACGCUCCAUUCUCCUAUGGAUAAAAAUUCUUCUGCUUGUUGUUGUUUCGGUCUUCUUGUUUUUGGUCUAUCAGUCUAUGGAAACUAAUCAAGGAAAUCCUUUCUCUAAAUAUCUGAAUAUUGUCUCUGGGGAAGGUGCCAAGUGAGUAUCUUUCAGAAAGGCACGCCCGAUUUGGUCUCCUGUUUUUAAUUGUAGAGAACUCUUCUGCCCUCUCAUCGGCUCAAGGACAUCCUACAGAUAAUGUGAUUGGAACCUGAUAAAUGGAGCAAGAUAAUCUAAGUGGACAUCAGUAACUUUCUGGACUUUGGACUAGUAGGAGAUCACUUUGCCAUAGGAGUAACAUUUUUUUAGAUCUUGAACUUUUUGUAGGCUUUAUUUUUUUAAUGUGGACAUCCUUUAAAUUCAUUUUUGAGAAACUGUAUAUUUGUUUUUGUGAGAACUUGGAAGCUGAGAAGGGCAAAAUUGUAGUAAAAUGUGAAGCUGUGUUUUUUUUUAAGCUUUUUCUUUGUACAGAGAAGAGGUUGUACUUUUGUCUCUAUAGAUUAUGGUGGAGGAUCUUAACACAGGUAAUAAAGGGAAAUGCAUUUUUGCAGUAACAGUAAAACUGCAUUUGAUAUCUUUUAACAUAUAGGGGAGAGUACAGCGAUAACCUUUUCUGUAGAUUACUGUAAUUUUUUAGUAAAUGUAACUGUAAACCUGUUUGCAUUUCUGUAAGUCUUAGCAUCCUAUUAGUAACUCUGUUUAAGUGUAACAUCAUUUUUUAAAUGUAUCCCUUCAUUUUAGUGCUUAUAUAGUGUUGUAGGAGCUGAAUACAAAUCCAGUUGGCAACAGAUGUCUUAGAGGAACUUAUUUAUUAGCAAUAUGCAUGGAAAAUAAAUUUUGCAUCAAAUAUAAUUUGCUACUAAAAAUACUUAUUGGGUCAAGGUUGUUGUCUGAAGUAAUUCUAAAUUCUGAAUUUAGCAGUCUUUCUUUAAAAAGCAAGGUCUUUCCAUCACAGCUUGAUAUGAUUAUCUUUGAAUAUCCAUGUAGAGAGGUAUUUCUCAAAGCACGAAAAUUCCAUAUGAAGUCUUAUUCUUAUAUGAAGAGGGCAUUGCUGCAUUUUCUGCUACAGUUUCAUCUUUUAAGGUGAGAUUUACUACUCUUUCAUGCAGUUGAAUAUUUUUUUCUCAGUGGAAGCAUGCUGAAAUACUCUACAUUGUGUAAUUAGUUGAGUGAGCAGCUGACUUCACUACUACCAAUGAAGAGUGAUAAGCAGCAACUUAAAGUGAAUGAAUACAUUUUGGUGUGCUUAAAUCUGCAGCAUACAGAUAUUUGAUCUCAUUGCUUAGUACAAAAUCACAGUAAAUCACACUUUUUAUUCUUAAAGUGCUACUUAUGAAAAGCUGAGGACAUUAGUUAAUGGAGUCUGUACCUUUUUGCUGUUGCCACAAUGUUAAUGCUUAGACUGUAGCCAUGGGGAAACUCUUCUUUCUGUGAACUUUGGGAUAAACAUGGUUAUUGUUAGCAAAGCAAUAUGUUUUCUUUCUGUUAAGAUUUUUUUUUUUCUUUUAGACCUGUCUUUUGAGUAAUCUAAAUAGCUAAAACUUGUGUCCAUCCUAUAGAAGAUUGUAACAAGACAUUCACUUUUGGUGUCAAAAUGCAGAAAAAUAAAAGUGAUAUUAAUGUG